AUGGAUCACCCCAGGAAAAACUUGAAAACCAAACACGAUGAUCGGAUCAUCCUCCAUUUUGUCUUCGAAAACAAAUCACCCCCUCUCAAAUCCCUCCCCCUCGGCAUCCGCCAAAAGUCCCUCCUAGCAACAUGCAACUACCCCGCCCGCCGCCUCGGCGUGAAGAAGCUCAUGUCCAUCGCCUCCGCGCUAGCCAUCUGUCCGGACCUGGUCGUCGUUGACGGCGAAGACCUGACGCCCUUCCGGGACGUGUCCAAGCGGAUUUACUCCUUGCUACGCUCGUACUCGUGGAACGACAAGGUCGAAAGACUGGGGCUGGAUGAAGUCUGGAUGGAUGUAAGUGACCUGGUUGAGUAUAACCUGGAGUUUCUGAACAGGAAUGAUUUGGAGCAUUCGUGGUUUUGUUUAGACAGGGAAGAUCCGGAGAAGGGGUUCGUGUUUGAUGCAAGCCGGUGGGCGGGAUGUGUUUAUGGUUCCAGCAGUAUUGGGGAGGGGGAUACAAGAGAUGGAGAAGGAGGUGGUGAACGACAGCAGCCGGAAUUGUUCCUACGAACAAAACUCCUCCUCGCCUCCCACUUGGCUUUUCAUCUCCGCAUGAAGAUCGAAGAAGAAGGGUACACCACGGCCUGCGGGAUAUCCACGAAUAAACUCCUCGCCAAGUUAGUCGGCAACGUGAACAAACCGCGGAACCAGACGACUCUCUUAUCUUUCGGUCCCGACGGCUGUGGCGAGGAAACUGUGCGGAAGUUCAUGGGAAGUCAUCAACUUUGCAAAAUCCCGGGAAUUGGAGGUAAAACGGCCUCUGUUCUUUCGGAGUGGUUCAUCUCGCAAUCUGGUCCAGGAGGCCCGAACCUGAACCUGAACCCAAAGGAUAUCACCGUCGCCAACCUCCUCUCCUGUCCCGGCCUAACGCCCUCAAAACUCGACUCCCUCUUCUCUUCUUCUCUAGGGUCAGGCACAGCCUUAGGAACAACAACACCCGGAAAACACCUCCUCUCCCUCCUCCAAGGCCACGACCCCUCCCCCGUCAAACCCGCCCGCACCCUCCCCACGCAAAUCAGCAUCGAAGACACGUACCAUGCUCGCCCUCUCACCUCGCUCGUCCAAAUCCGCUCCGAGCUGAUCAAGAUUACUUCGUCAUUGCUGAAAAGGAUGAAAACCGAUCUGAUGGAUGAUAGCGACGACAAGCAAAGGUGGAUAGCAAGACCGAAAACGCUGCGGUUAACGACGAGACCGCGGGUAACCCCGAGAGAGGGGAAGGGGUAUGGAUACUUGAGGGUUUCCAAGAGCGGGCCGUUGCCUGGGUAUGUUUUUGGUAUUGCCAAUGGUAAUGGUGACCGGGGUGGUGAUGGUGACAACACGGCAUUGGCGAUGGCGAUGGCGCAGCAGAUUGUCGAAAGGCUGGUGAUGGAGACGUUGAUUCCUAUGUUUCACCAACUUAACCCCAUCAACUCCAAGGAGAAAGGGGCGGCGAAGAAGGGGACAGGGUAUAGCAUCGGGCUGCUAAACGUUUGCGUGACGAACAUGGACUGUGUCGAUCUCACAGCCAGCGGCGGCGGAGGAAGGGACAUCAAGGAUAUGUUCAUGCAAGCAAGGGAGUUUACUGUCUAUGAUCACGAUCACGAUCAAUAUCAACACCAACAUCAUCAUCUCGUCGACAGUUAUGACGCCGACGCCGACGAAAAGCGGAUUGGACCCGGAGCCGAACCUUUGGAAACAUUGGACAUGGAUAUGGAUAUGGAUCGGGAUACGGGCAUGGAUGCUGCAGAAGACGUGGACGUGGACGUGGACAUCAAGCACCAUCAACAUCCCGAUUCCGUGCCCGAUGGCUACGAGCAAGAUUCUAUGCUGCCUAUUUCUACUACUACUAUCGAUUACUUUCACAUCGAAGACGACGACGAAGUUUGGGAUGACGAAGAAGGUAGUAAUGUGUGGGAGAAUGAUGAAGCUGAUGAAGAAGAACUAGACUACUUGAGAGGAGCGGGUGGUAUGAGCAGAGGCGAUGGUGAUGGGGAAGAUGGUGAUGGCACCAAAUGCCCCCUAUGUAACCAUUUCAUCCCUUUCUUCGCUUUAUCUGCCCAUGAGCGCUUUCAUAGUAUGGAGUCCGAGGGCGCAUAG